AUGGGGCUUGGCGGGCGGGGUCAUCGAGAGAGGCCACGGUCACCAGCGGGUGUGGAUUGUCAAGAAUCUUCAACCAAGAGAUACAACUCCUAUUUCCAACACAAUGAAAAUCUUGAACCAAGUGACCAGUUAAAGCCCAAGAACGAAAAGAAGGAAAAUGAGAAGCCAGAGAAAGAGGUGGUUGCCGCAUUUGAAUUGUUUUGCUAUGCUGAUCGUGUGGAUGUCCUUUUGUUGGUAGUUGAUUUGAUCGCAGUUGUUGCAGAUGGUACUGGAAUGCCACUUAUGGUCAUUUUCUAUGGAGAUAUGACAAACAGCUUUAUGCAAAACAGAGUGCAAGCAAAUGUGUCAAGGACUUUUUUUUCUCCCACAGAUACUUCAGUAAAUAGUUCCAGCUGUUCAACAAUUCCAGGCAUAGAUACAGAAAGUGAAAUGACAAAGUAUGCUUACUACUGUGUGGGAAUUGGCUUUGCUGUGUUGGUCCUGAGCACCAUCCAAGCAUGGACAUUUUCGGUUGCUGCCACGAGGCAGAUUGCAAGAAUCUGGUAGAAGUUGUUCUUUGCAGUGCCUCACCAGGAAGCGGCUUUGUUUGAUUCUGCCCAAAUACGAACGCUGAACACCAGGCUGAAAGAUUAGAAUGAAAUGCAUUCAAAGGUAAUAAUUUUUAAUUUUUUUUUUCAUGAAGGCAUUGAAGAAAAGAUCUGUAUAUUUGUACAGGUUUUUGCCACAUUUCUGGCAGGGAUUAUUACAGGAUUCAUCUACAGAUGGAAGCUGACACUGGUGAUUUUGUCUGUUAGCCUUCUGCUUGCUGCAUCAGCGGCAUUUUGGUCAUCUUUGCUGGCAUCCCUCACUGCUAGAGAGCUGUCUGUUUAUGCCAAAGCAGGAGCUGUGGCGAAAGAAAUUUUGACAGCAGUCAGGACUGUUGUGGCUUUCAAUGGACAGCAGAAGGCAUUAGCAAAAUAUGAUGCUAACUUAGAGGUGGCUAGAAGUGUUGGGCUGAAAAAAUCCAUUACCACCAACACAUCUCUAGGUGUUUCACAGUUUCUCAUUUUUGAACCCUAUGUGCUUGCAUUUUGGUAUGGAACCAAGCUCACUGCUGAGGAUGAAAAUUAUUACAUCAGCUGUGUGUUAAUUGUGUUCUUCUCUGUGUUCAUCAGAGCCUUGACCCAGGGCUAGGCAGCUCCCAACCUGGAGAAGGUGGCUAAUGCACGUGGAGCUGCCUAUGAAGCAUAUCAUAUUAUCAAUAAGAUUUUAAAAACCUCUUUCCGGAAACAGCUUAUAGACAGCAGUUCUAAGGAAGGCUGCAAACCAGACAGACUCAUAGGAGAAAUUGAAUUCAGAAAUGUCCAUUUUGGUUACCCAUCCAGACCUGAUGUCAAAGUAGGUCUAAACUUGAAAAUUCUAACUGGAAAGACCAUUGCUUUAGUUGGUGCCAGUGGCUGUGGGAAAAGCACUACUAUUCAAUUGCUGCAGAGGUUCUAUGAUCCUGUUGAGGAAGAAAUCACCUUAGAUGGCUGGGAUAUUUGGACGCUUAAUGUAAAGUGGCUACAAGAAGAUAUUGGUAUUAUGAGCCAGGAGCCUGUUUUGUUUGUAACAGUAGCUGAUAACAUUCACUACGGCCAAGAAGAUGUUUCUGAUGCUGAAAUUGAGCAAGCAGAAGAAGCCAAUGCUUUUGACUUUAUAUCUAGACUGCCUGAUUUUAACACUAUGGUAGGGGAGCGAGGUGCUCAGCUGAGUGGAGGACAGGAGCAGUGAAUAGCUAUUGCCCAUGCCCUAGCAAGAAAUCCCAACAAUAUUCUUCUGGAUUGAGCUAUAUCCACACUAGAUACUCAGAGUGAAUCCAUAGUGCAAGCCGCUCUUGAUAAGACGGAGUUAAAGCAUCAGAUGAGAAAAUCUGACUCUUUUCUCCACCAGGGAUUCAUGUUUGGGAAGUCUGGGGAAAUACUUACAAUGAGACUGCACUGUUUGUCCUUCAAAGCAUUACUUCAGCAGGAUGAUCAGAAAAAUGCUGUUGGUGUUCUGUUAACUUGGCUUGCUACAGAAGCUUCCCAAGUCAAAGGGAUUUCAACGGAAACAGUUGAAAACAUAAGAACUUCACGGACCAAAGAAGUAUUUUAUGAAAGAUGCGUUGCCAGUUUGAAUGGUCCAUAUAGAGAUGCUCUGAAAAAAGCUACUUUAUAUGGAUUUACCUAUGGAGUGGCUCAGUCUGCAGUAGUAGCCAUUUUCAGAUUUGGGACAUGACUCACUGCCCAUUGUCUGAGUGACUUUGAACAUGUAUUUGUAGGCUACUCUUCCAUCAUGUCUGCAGCUAUAAACAUUGGUCAGUCUACUUCCCUAGCAUCAGAUUAUGGCAAAGCUAAAUUGCCAACCCAAAGAAUUUUUAAACAUUUGGACAGAAAAUCUCUAAUGGACAGUUACAGUGAAGAAGGUGAAAAACUGAGGAAUUUUGAAGGCAACAUUGAAUUCAGGAAUGUCCAUUUUGUAUACCCAGCAAGGCCAGAAGUUCAAGUCUUGCAAGGAUUCAGUGUGAAGGAUAACAAAGGACAGACUCUGGCAUUAGUAGGAAGUAGCAGCUGUGGCAAAAGCACAUGUAUUCAGCUCUUAGAGAGAUUUUAUAACCCUGUGGAAGGACAAGCGGUAAAGGUAGACAUGUCAGAUGGAUUCGAUACCAGAUCUUUUCAUAUACAAUGGCUGAGGUCCAGACUGGGCCUGGUGUCACAGGGGCACAUUUUGUUUGACUGCAGCAUUGCUGAAAACAUUCAAUAUGGAGACAACAGUAGGGUGGAGGACGAAGUUGAAGAAGCAGCUAAAACAGCAAAUAUUCAUAGCUUCAUUGAAAGAAUGAGAUGGAAAUAUAAUAACCCUGUGGGUGAGAAAGGAACACAACUUUCUGAGGGACAAAAGCAAAGAAUAGCAAUUGCCCAUGCUCUGUUUCUGAAUCCUGCAAUUUUGCUUCUGGAUGAAGCUACCUUUGCUCUUGACACAAAGUGAAAAGUUGUUCAGAAAGCUCUGGAUAUCGCCCGGCAAGGUCGAACCUGCAUCGUCAUUGCUCAGCGCCUGACGACCGUACAGACUGCAGACAUCAUUGCAGUGAUCCAGAAUGGCAGAGUGGUUGAGCAGGGCACCCACAGCCAGUUACUGGAAAAGGAAGGACACUUGUAA